AUGUCUUGGUUUUUGUGUCUCGUUGUUUUUGUGCUCGUAGUCCUGGCUGUGUUUGCUUGGCAGCUGAAGUCCUUACAUGGCCCCCAGGAGCCCCCCCACCUCCCAGCGCUACCCUUGAUUGGCAGCCUGCUGAGUCUGCAAAGUCCUCAUGCUCCUCAUGUGCUCUUCAAGGAGCUGCAGAAAAAGUAUGGACAGACGUUUUCUCUGAUGAUGGGUUCCCACAGAGUCAUCAUCGUCAACCAGCACAUCCACGCCAAAGAAGUCCUGCUGAAGAGGGGGAAGACGUUUGCAGGAAGACCCAGAACUGUGACCACAGAUAUUCUGACCAGAGACGGGAAAGACAUUGCAUUUGGAGACUACAGUGCUGCCUGGAGGUUUCACAGGAAAAUAGUGCAUGGAGCUCUUUGCAUGUUUGGAGAAGGUUCUGCCUCCCUCGAGAGGAUCAUCUGUGCAGAGGCCCAGUCUCUGUGCAACACCGUGUCUGGGGCAGCAGCUGUUGGACUGGCGCUGGAUCUGUCUCCUGAGCUGACCCGGGCUGUCACUAACGUUGUCUGCUCCCUCUGCUUCAACUCGUCUUACUGUCGUGGAGACCCAGAGUUCGAAGCCAUGCUGCGCUACAGCCAGGGCAUCGUGGACACGGUGGCCAAAGACGGUCUUGUAGACAUCUUCCCCUGGUUACAGAUAUUUCCCAAUGCAGACCUGCGACUUCUAAAACAGUGUGUUGGGAUAAGAGACAAACUUCUACAGAAGAAGUACGAAGAACACAAGGUACAGAGAUGUAUUCAGGAGGAGCUGGACAAUAAGAUUGGGGAGGACCGGUCCCCCCAGCUCAGUGACAGAGGAAGUCUUCCCUACUUGGAGGCCACUAUCAGGGAGGUGUUACGGAUUCGUCCUGUAGCUCCUUUGUUUAUCCCCCAUGUGGCCCUCAGUGACACCAGUAUUGGAGAUUUCAAAGUGAGGAAAGGAACUCGAGUCAUCAUCAACUUGUGGUCACUGCAUCAUGACGAAGAGGAAUGGGACAAGCCUGAGCUCUUUGACCCAGGUCGGUUUUUGAACAGCGAAGGCACAGGUCUGACCAUCCCAUCAUCCAGCUAUUUGCCAUUUGGUACUGGGAUUCGGGUGUGUUUGGGUGAGGCUUUGGCCAAAAUGGAGUUGUUCCUCUUUUUGUCCUGGAUCCUACAGCGCUUUACUCUGUCUGUCCCACCAAACCACUCUCUUCCCAGUCUGGAGGGAAAGUUUGGUGUGGUCCUCCAGCCAGUCAAGUACAAGGUGAAAGCCACUCCAAGACCGGGCUGGGAACGGUCCAAGGGCCAGGCAUGUUGA